GACGUCAUUAACGCACACGGUGACCCACGCUCGCCAAAGCUUACAAAAGCUCUCGGCAGGCAGCCCUCCUCACUUCCCACUCACAGACAGACCCAAUCGAUAUGGCUCCUACCAAGAUACUCUUUACCGGCGCGACUGGUUAUAUCGGCGGCACCAUCCUCUCGCGAUUCCUCGCGGAACCCGACGCGUCGUCGCGCUUCGCUUUCACGGUCAUCGUGCGCGACCCGAAAAAGGCAGAGAAGUUCAAGCAGUUCGGCGUAACGCCCGUUGUUGGGAGUCACUCUGACGAGACGUUGGUCGAGGAGCUGGCCAGCCAGGCAGAAGUGGUCAUUGCCACGGCCGAUUGCGAUGAUGUCGUCGCUGCGAAGGCAACCCUGGCCGGCUUGAAGAAGCGGGCUCAAGCUACAGGGACGCCGCCCAUCUUCAUCAACACCUCCGGUACGGGUGAGAUCUGCGACAACGCACGCGGGCUUUUCGCGGAACCGAGCGUCUAUGACGACACAAACGCGACACAGAUGGCAUCCAUCCCGCCGGAGGCCAUGCACCGCAACGUCGACAACGCUAUCCUCGCCGCGGACGUGUCGCAGCCAGGGGGCUUCGUCAAGACUUACAUCAUCCUCCCUGGAACCGUGUGGGGCCUCGCGAAAACGCCUUUGGUGGCCGCUGGCAUUCAGAACGACCACUCGAUCCAGAUCCCUUCGCAGAUCCAGGCGGCCAUAGAUCGCAAGCGUGCGGGGAUGGUCGGUGAGGGGAAGAACAUCUGGCCCAACGUCGAGGUACAUGACUUGGCGGAAUUGUUCUAUAUCGUCUACGACAAAGUAACCUCAGGUGCAGACAUCGGCCACGGAUAUGAAGGAUUCUUCUUCGGCGCCAGUGAUGAUCAUACGCUUCUUGAGGUUGCACAAGAGAUAGGGAAAGCUCUCGUCGCUACUGGCCGCAGUGACAACCCCGAACCAACGAGCUUCACGAAAGAGGAGCUGGACAAGUACUUCCAGGGCUCAGAGUAUCUCGGUUCCAACUCACGCUGCAAGGCGAACCAUUCGUUUUCAAUUGGAUGGAAGCCGGCGAAGAAAACAGCGGACAUGCUAGCCGACAUUCCGGAUGAAAUUGAAAGUCUGAUUAAAUCCGGUCGAAGCAUCCAGCUUCGCUAGAUUCGCAUGUAUAAAAGACCUUUGCAAUAUGUAUAACAGUCACGGUUUUGAAGUUUUGAAAAUGGAUAAUAUGUACUCAACCA